AUGGUGUUUGUCGCGCGGAUUGCCGCUGCCUUGAGCUCCGCAACGGUCCGGGCUGCGGCCUUCUUCUUCCUCCGCUGGAUCCCCGGACACCAGUUCCCACAUGUGAUCUUUACAGCAUUGGCUGUGUAUCUCACUGCUGUCGUAUCGCUCCUUCGACCGACUGAGCGGAGUACCACCGACAGCAAUACUAAAGACACUCCAAAAACCACAAAGCGCACAACACCACGAAAUCCAGAUAAUGUACUCAAGACAUUGCUCUUUGGCCUGCCGUCCGCCAGCUUACCACGCUCGACGCUUUUGACUGUUCUCAUCAACAUUGGGCUUGCAUUGCUCACUCUAGACUUCAUGCUGCGUGGCCUCGUUGUCUACCCCAGCGCAGAUGUCACCUUCUCUCGGAUCGGUUAUGUCUCACCAACGACCGCCAAUUUACUGGUUCGCGAGCCAGACCCUGCACAGUUGCCCCUUGUCAUCUUCUAUCAGCCAACAGAUACAGAGGACUCGACACGAUGGACGGAAGAGGGCAUGAUCUAUGCUCUAGACGAGUCAAAAGACUACACGACCACGGUGACAAUCAAAGGCUUGAAGCCGUCGUCACCGUAUCGCUACUCCCUGUCCAACAACCUUACAGGCUCAUUCGUCACUGCUCCAAUGCCCGGCACCAAACAGGCAAACCGCCUCAGCUUCCUGACCUCAAGCUGCAUGAAGGCGAAUUUCCCCUACAACCCGCUGUCGCAUCCACUGCGCAUCCCAGGGAUCGAGAUGAUGACGGACACAAUUAGUCGACUGCCAUCAUUGCUGCGACCAGCAUUCAUGCUGUUCCUUGGCGACUUCAUUUACGUCGAUGUCCCUCAGCGCUUCGGGUCAUCCGUCUCGCACUAUCGCAGCGAGUACCACCGCGUCUACUCAUCUCCCUCGUGGAAUCGUCCAGAGGACAGUACGCCUGCCAUCGACCUGCCUUGGAUUCACACUCUCGAUGACCACGAGAUUGAGAAUGACUGGUCGAAAGGCAACACCACUGCACCGUACCCCGCAGCGUUCGAGCCCUACAUCCAUUACCAUGUCCGGCCCAAUCCGCCCAUCCCACCCGUUCCCUUCGCAACCCCUGAAAACACGACCUACUUCUCCUUCAUCCACGGGCCUGCCUCCUUCUUCAUGCUCGAUACCCGCACCUACCGAUCGGCCCCGUCGCAAUACAACUCCACGAUCCUCGGCUCCGCCCAGCUUCAAUCCCUCCUCGCCUACAUCGCACGCCCCGAACCCAGCGAAGUGCGCUGGAAGCUCAUUGCCUCCAGCGUCCCCUUCACAAAGAAUUGGCAGGUCGGCACCACCGACACCUGGGGCGGGUUCCUGAACGAGCGCCGCGUCGUGUUCGAGGCGAUCUGGCGGGCCGAGCGCGAGCUCGGCCUCCGGAUCGUCCUUCUCAGCGGCGACCGCCACGAAUUCGGCGCCACGCGCUUCCCCGACCCCUCCCUCGAUCUGCCUGCGAACGAGCUCACCCCGAACACCGCCGGGGAGGGCGUGCACGAAUUCUGCGUCGGCCCCCUCAGCAUGUUCUACCUCCCCGUGCGCACUUACCGGCAGACGGACAACGAAGACAUCACCAUCAAGUACAUCCCCGACGGGAACACCAAGUACGGCCUGGUGGACAUCGAGGUCCGCGACGCGGUCAUCGAUGCCACCCAAUCCGGACACCCCGUCACCGUGCCCAGCUCGGUGCUCACCUACUCAAUGUAUGUCGAUACGCAGCUGGUCUGGCAGUACGAGCUCAGCGUCCCCCUGCCCGGGUACGAGAGCCGGGUCGCGGACGUGGCGGCGUGGAAACACCCGCGACUGCCGCCGGGAAAGCUGUUGCUGGACACGAGGGAGGAGCAGAGCUGGGAUGCGUGGGCGAAAGAGUGGGUCGGACGAGUCGAGGAGACUGUUGGUUGGAUUAGAGAUGGUGUCCUGAAGGUAGUGUAUUAUGUUUUGGAUGUGAUUCAGAAGAAAGAGCGAUUGGAUUAA